AUGCCACCAGAGAUCAUUCUCAGGAUUCUCUCGUACUUGGAUCCUGGGUCUCUUUUCUGUAUUAGUUUCGUCAACAAGCAUUUCCAGGAACUGUCCAACAACAAUUUUAUGUGGUAUCAGUUUUACAUCCGCGAACGUAGCAAAAAGAAGAAAGCCAGUCAAGAAGAUCAGAUGAUACGUGAUCUUGGUGUGGUGGGUGUGCAGGAGAGGCCAAAGAGAUACUGGAGAAAUGCAUUCUUCAAAGAAAUUGCCGGCCUGAAUGUGAACAAGUGGAGAACAAAAGUACAACGCAUUGACCCUUAUUCAGGACUGCCGCGACAUACAGAGGAAUUCAUAAGGAGUCUGUGCAUUACAUGGGAGAUCACAGUGACUGAUGGGAGAGGACGGCGGAGCACCUUUGAGCAGUCUCAUGCCUUCUUCAGCAGUACGGCUGUUUUUGUGUUCUGGGGCGCUGUCACUUGGCCUCCUUUCAACCAGCUCACCUCCCUUGAGCUUCACGGAGUGUUGCGGGUGCCCCUCGAUUGUCCUGCUCCUUACAGGCCAGGCUGGAAAUCAGUUAUGUCCAAAAUAAAGCUUCAAGGAGAACACCAUGAAUUGUGUGUUUCAGACAAGAUUGUCAAGAUGCUGCAUGUUGGACAGGGCGUAACUUUGGGAUUCUGGAAGGACCAAUGGGGAAUUGCUUUUGUCAUGGUAAACUUGCACAAUCACAGACUUGUGGAAAGAAGUCUUCAUGCAUCUAUUAGUCCAUGUCCAGCAGCUGGAGUCAGUGCUUUAUUUGAUGAUGUGGACCCGGAGUACGGUCUCCAUGGAUACACUGCUUACGUUGAACUGCACAAUACAGUGAGAGUCAUCAUGUCUGACCGCUUUUCCCAGCUGUUUUGCAGAAGAGAUCAGAUUUCUGAUGGUUAUUUUCCACUGGAAGUGAUCAGUGAGAAUAGCAGAUCCCCAAAUACUCAUCUGGUUGGAGACGUCAGCUUGCCUUGGAGGACUGAAGCUUUACAUGGAACUAUCAAGGACUGUUGCAUGAUCAACCUCACUGUAUGGGAUGAAGCCAACCAGCCUUUUUGGUGCGUCAGUGCUCCUGUUGUGAUGACAAAAGCAAGUCAGGACACGGUAUCAUAUGAUUUUGAAGGCGGGAGUUUCUCCAUCCUAUACCGAGACUCAGAGGGGAGGGUGGAGAUGAGGCUGAAGCAGAUGGAAUACAAGGAACAGUAUUUUGUGGUUAAUCUAGUGAUUUACAUUGCUGUCGCCAAAGUGAAUAAGCACUUUGGGGAGAGAUUAUUGAAGACUUUGUGUGCCAUUUCGAGGUCAAGCUAA